ACCAAAAGCAGCGCCCUAUCAAUCUUUUAAGAGACCCUUUUUGUAAAACGAACAUUCUUUAAAUGUAAAAUUUGGAAACAAUUCACCUGAUGCAUUCAGUUAGUUUUAAUUUUCGAUUUUUUAGAAAGCCCAUAUUUUUUCUUUGACAUUUCCGCUCUUUGCACUUGGGUCAAUAAAGCAAGGGGGUCAAUAAAGGCGGAGCAGGCAGGACGCCCGGCUUUUUAGCAAGGAAAACAUCGGAAGUAAACUCCACUUAAUUUUGAGAAUUUGUCAAAACAGCUCCUCGGCCGCCACCUUGAUCACACAUCCUGUCUUUUUCGAAAGUCUGCGUUCAAUCGUUGUGGUUUAUUGAUCACGACUGGGCAAGGAGGAAGCUCUAAAUGGAGUUCUAAACAAUAACAUUGGGGGCUCGCAGUUUGAACAGGGAUUUAACUAUAUGAGCGAUAUACCGGAAACUGCCUCUCUCUCCCCGCCAUAAAGUUCAGUUCGUUUUUAUAGUCAGUGUUCCUGUUGACAAGUUUACAGACGAGCCAUCGAACAAUUGUUGGAGUAAAUAGUUAAAUGCCUUGGUAUCUGCAGAAGUUCUGUUGUUUACAUUGGACAUUCUAUAGUUGCUAGCAAGUGAAAUGCGGAAUUAGGUGUUGGUUUUUCUCUGCAAGUACAAAGAAUAGUACAUGCUGUCAGAAGCUGUGAAGAGAUUAUCCAUUUUACCAAGCUAUCCUAGAGUGUUAACAGAGGCACUAAAGUUUGUAUGUGCAACCAAAAUGAAGAUGUGGAUGGGCCUCGUACUUUUGCUCUCGACAGCAACUUUUUGUGAAGGAUCAGGACCUUCUGUAAAUGUGAAGAUAGGCGGCAAACUUCCCAAAGGUGGCUCAGUUGAGGCAGUGUGCACUGCAAAAGGGGAGAAGGGAAUGGCUAUCAAAUGGUAUGUCGUAAAGCCAGGGAUACCUGACGAUGAGGUCAUAGAGCUUAGUGAUGGUUCUACAAACACUAUCCAUUCUAUACAAAGAACAACUGAAGAGGUCAAUGGAACUUCUAUUAAAGAAAGUGUGAAGCUAACGAUUAAAUACGACCUCAUGAGCGUCCUCACCUACUUUAAGUGCACAAAAAAAGACAAAAAUCUUGUUUGCUACGGAUCAUACAAGUGCAUUGCUGAUUUCAAACCUCCGAAGAAGGGCGUUUAUAUGGAAAAUGUGGCCAUAGUUAACAUAGACGGAGUAAUACGAAUGCCUCCACGUGCCAGAAUCGCAAAAAUUUCAACAGAUUCGACAACUGGCAAAGUAUUCUGGGUACAGCCAACAGGAGGAGAGGUCCCUAUUCUUCGCUAUGAAGUUAUGUACAAACUGAAAGCAGACUUGGAUUUUGUGUUCAGUCGCGGGCCAGUUGAAAGCAACAAGUCUAGAAUGGCUCUAAUCAAGGGCCUAAAACCAUACACACAAUAUAAUAUCUAUGUUCUGUCAGUGCUCCCGAAACAGUUGGAAGUCUCAUUGGGCAAAAAUAAAAACCUUAUCGAGAGUCCUCUUUACAGGCUGCAAACAGAUGUCGAUGGCCCUGAAAUUGAGCCACAAUCAAUGAGGACUGGUAGUGUUGGAUCGACGUUCAUAUACUUGAUCUGGCAGCAACCACCAACAGGAUCCUGGAAUGGACCUCUCAAUGGUUUCUACAUCACAUACAAACGAAUAAAGCACGGAAACCGGAUGGUGGAGGGUGAGAAAACCGUGACAAGCACUGUCGGAGGGACCGUCACAAAAUUCAAUGCAACAGACCUCAAACCAUGGAGCACGUAUUUGAUAACUGCAUGUGGGUUCAAUCGAAAAAGAACUGACAAAUCGAUUGUUUAUGGCAAAUCUGGCAAUCUGACUGUCAAUACACAUUUAGCACGGCCAUCAACUCCACCAUCAAACUUAGACAUGGUGAAAGUCACAUCACAUUCAGCACAGGUAAAAUGGGAGGCACCGUUGCUUCCCAACGCUAAUGGGCCAAUUGAUGGAUACAUUUUACGCUACCGAAGAACAGAGAUUGGCUACAUGAAUGUGAAGGAGGCGAGCAAGUCUAACUACAUAUCACGUGACGUAAACGACAAUUACACUUUGCAUGGUUUGCUUCCAUGGAGUACAUACAACGUUGAAGUGAUAGCGUACAACACGUUCCAGGGCAGCGAGUUGGAGAGUGAAGCGAGUCAUGUCCUGGUCGUGCAGACUUUAGUCAGCAGGCCUGAAUCAGCUCCAAGAGGCCUCGUUGCAGAACAGAAGGAAGCAAGAUCAGUAGUCUUGAGUUGGCAGCCACCAAGCAUAACAGACAAUGCAAACGGGCCGGUCGAUGGUUACAUUGUAAUUUACAAGAGAACAAAACUUGGACGAGAACCCCUGGACAUUAUGGAGGAAUUUGAUAUCGAAGUAGAGAAAGAUGGUAACGGGAACUUCAACUUAACUGGUUUGAAUCCGUGGAGCACCUACAGUAUUCGAAUCGCUGCCUUUAAUUUGUAUGAAAGAGAAAAAUUGAAGAGUCAGUUCACAGAGCCAUUUCUGGUGUCAACCAUAGUUGAUGGACCGGAAUUGUCAUCAGAGGGGUUUAGAGCACUACAUGCCUCCGCCACAUACGCCUCUUUGAGUUGGAAGCGUCCCAAACCCAAUUAUGCAAAUGGUCCUAUUACGGGGUACCUGAUAUCUUAUGAGAGAGUCAAGUCUGGGGACCAGAGUUUGUCGUCCAAUGGCUCUGUAUUGCAGCGCUUUGUACCUGGACAAUAUGAAGUUUAUCGACUGGAUGAACUCAAACCUUGGAGCACGUACAAUGUCAAAAUCAUUGCACUGAACGUUUUUAACAAGCAGCGUUUAUACAGUAAAGCCAAUGAAAAACUCAUUAUUACAACCAAUGUGGAUAAACCAAACAAGUCGCCCGAAAUUGUAGCAACAGUGAGCACUGGAUCUCGUUUUAUGGAAGUCAAAUGGAAGAAGCUGCAAAGAGAUGAUCAAAAUGGCCCUUUGGAUGGCUACGAGGUUUUCUACCAGCGAACAUCUCUCGGUCUCAACAAAAUUAGCGACUCAAAACCUAGAAAGGAAGGAGUUCCUGGCACCGUGCAGGUGUACAAGCUCACAAAUCUGGUGCCAUGGUGCUCUUACAACAUCUGGGUUUUGGCUUAUAACUUGAAAGACAACGAGAAACUUGAAAGUCCAAGAGGAGAGAUAUUUUCAGCCCGGACCCAACCUGGCCGACCAUCAGCAUCUCCAGCUUCCGUCGGCAUCCCUCACUGGUCAGCAAAAUCAAUAAGGAUCUCAUGGGCUGAACCAAAGCAAGAGGAACUUAACGGUAAACUCACUGGCUACAUAGUAAGAGUCAACACCACGGAAGUGAAGGUAGGUAACAGAACAAGAUCCAAAAGAGAUGUCAUUCAAGUGUCAACUCUACAUGAAGUACCAUCAAAUCAGACUUCCUAUACAAUCGAAGAUCUUAAGCCUGCGACCAAAUAUUCUGUAGAAGUGGCAGCAAAAACUGAAGUUGGACACGGACCAUUCUCUGUGCCAAUGUUUCAGAUAACUGGAGAAGAUGCUCCAUCAGCACCUCUGAGCCCAAGGGUUUUGUCUCCUGCUGGCCAAAUACCAGUGAAAAUUACUUGGGACGCACCUCUGCAGCCCAAUGGUAACAUAAUGUCCUACGUGGUAGAAAUUUUUACGUAUGGACCAAACACUACAGAGACUUUGAGGGUGUCUGGCUCACAAAGUGCUGUCAAUAUCUCCAAGCUUGACAUAUCUCAUGAGCAUUUAUUUAGAGUGCGGGCAAAAACUGUCAGAGAAGGAAAAUGGUCACAUUGGGCGGUCUUGUUCAAGCCUGAUCCUACUGCAACUUUGGCAGAGCGGAAAGACAGCAAAGGUCUACCCCGUUCGUAUCUCGUUCCCAUCGUUGUUGGCGUUGUGCUUUUCUUGUGUUUUCUGGCAGCAUUUUUCAUGUACAGAAGGAUGAAGGCAAACGAGUACGAUUUAGGCAAAACAGAGAACAAGGAAAGACUGAAAAACAUUGAUGUUGAAAUGGAUGGCGUCAAGCGAAACAUGGGCGCUGAGGAGGAGAGAAUGCUAGACGACACUGACGACAUCGACAUGGAAGAGAAUGAAGCCAAAGACAACCAGCAUUCGGAUGAUGACGAAUUCACGAAUAACAGCGAUAGGAAGAUGACACCGUGUAGCACUCCUCCUCCCUCAUCGCUGCCAUGUGACCCAGCUCAUCCUCCCAUCGCCGUGAACAGGUUUCAAGAGCAUGUCAAUGAUCUCAAAGCAAAUAACCGAAUCAAACUGAAAGACGAGUACAAGGACUUUAAAGUGGGUCAGAUCUACACUUGGGAUGUUGCUAUGAAGUCAUCGAACAGAUCUAAAAAUAGAUAUGCCAACAUCGCUGCAUACGAUCAUUCAAGGGUAAUAUUGAAACCAGUUCCAGGUGACAUGAAUGGUUCCGAUUACAUCAAUGCGUCUUAUAUCGAUGGCUAUCACUACCCGGAGGAGUACAUAGCUACCCAAGGCCCAACUGAAGAGACCAUUGUUGAUUUCUGGCGAAUGAUUUGGCAAGAGCGGUCAAGCACAAUAGUUUGCCUCACCAAUCUCCACGAGCUGGGUCGAGCAAAAUGCAAUCAAUAUUGGCCUACUGUCGGGGAGGAGAGAUAUGGAGGAAUAACUGUAGCUCUUGUAUCAACUGACAAAACUGCUAAUUACAUAAUCAGGACGAUGGAUAUAAGACACGAUCAAAGCGAGGAAGUGCGCCAAGUUUGUCAGUUUCAUUUUCUAUCAUGGCCCGAUUAUGGUACUCCAGUCCACCCGACUUGCCUUUUGUUCGACUUGAGAUUGGAUGCUGACAUUACUGCUUAUAGAAUAAUCACUUAG